AUGGACCAGCCCUCUGGCAGCACAGCACAGCAGUGCCCCCGGCUGGAGGAGGUGUCUGGCAUGGCGGCGCCUAAGUGGUGGAGCACGGUUAGCGUCGUGACGACAGAGGAAGGCAAGCUGAGGAAGCUAACGGAUGAGGAGAUGCACCGGUACCAGGGGAAUAACGUCAUGCUGGCCAAGCCCAGCGUGCGCUACCGCCAGACUAUCAACACUGCAGACCACACUGGCCGCCCGUUAGCGGUGCGCGCCCAGUCUUAUGCGGUGCUGGUGACCAACGUCACCCAGCCCGUCUACCCGGAAUUCACAGGCGAUUGCACCCUGGGCGAGUUUGUGGCUUCACACCAGGGCGUGGGAGCGGUGGCCUCGCUGGACAUGGCUGAGGCCCGUGUCGAGGAAGCUGUCUUCUCCGCGCUCUUUCCGGACGACUUUGAUCGGGUGGUGCCCGUGUUCAACUUCCGGGAAGCUGACCUGCUGAUGCGCGAAUGGGACAAUCGGAUGGGUGAGCUUGAGCUGGCGGAGCACGCGGUGCGGCUGGGUGACCCUCCCAAAGCCAUCAAGCCCAGUGGCUGGAAGUGCAGGGUGGACAGAAUCGAGUGGCUCAAGGGGGAGGUGGCACGCCUGGAACGUGCCGUGCUGGAGGCGCGCGACAGGGCUCUCAUCUUCAAUUGCACACCCUCCUUCUUUGUACUGUUCAGGACUCAAAGGGCGGCGGCCAUCGCUGCAUCUUGCAACAUUCAUCCCCUUAAAAAGGAGCUGUUCAAGGUGCACCCAGCCCCGGGCCCGGAAGAGGUCAACUGGGAGGCCCUGUGGUUCACCCACGCCCAGCGCGUCUUCCGUGGCUUGAUGGUGACGCCCUUCAUCAUACUGCUGGUGCUGCUGCCCGUCAGCAUGCUGACAUCCGCAAUGACUCAGCUCAACGAUGCUAUCUGCGAUGAGGGCUACCGCUUGCGCUGGAAAGACUACUGCGCCAGCUCGCACCCUGUCCACAAUGUCCUGCGUUCGAUGCUCACGGGCUUUGUGCCGGCGCUUCUCAUCCAGCUGUGGCAGGGCCUGCUCAUGCCAUGCUGCGUGUUCUUCGCCGCGCAGUCUGAGGCUCGCCACUACUCGCUCAGCGGGCUGGACCGCCGCAUGGGGGCCAUCUACUU